CUGACAUUAAACUGCGCUAUUUUUCGAUUUUUGGAGCGAUUUUUCCCAUCUGACAAAGCAUGAUCGGCAGAGUGUUUGUCCUCUUUGCAAUACUGUGCACCAGCGUUCAUUCAUUGCCAGUGACUUCGGGUCAUCUGGAGAGUGAAGAUGUCAAGGUGUUGAAGUGCAUCGUGGAGGCAUUGGCCGACGUGCUGUCCAGGCCCCGCCCCCUGCCCGUCAGUCAGGACUGCCUGCUCACGCUCACUAACGAUGACCGGCUUGUUGCAAUCCUUCGACACCAGAACUUCCUGAAGGAGCUGCAGGAGAUCGCUCUUGGAGGCCAGAAGACAGCUCACGAAGACCCUCCCCUCCAGCAGAGAGCAGAAGACAGCCCGGAUCGAUCUAUGCUGCAGUCCGUGGGGGGGCCAGGGGAGCGGUCAAUACUGUCCCAGGAGAGGAGGGGGUCAGUUCAGAAGAAAUCAGAUGAUGAGGCUGAGAUCCCUCAUCACUCAAAAGAAAUCACAAACGAGGAAGUGAACGCAGAGCGGCGGAGCCCAGAGGAGGAGGAGCUACAGCUGCUCGCCCGCUCCGCAACAGAGGAGGAGGGCAGCGGCAACAAGAAGGAGUCAGAGAUAGAGAGCUUGGCCACCAUCGAGUCAGAGUUGGAGAGUGUGGCUCAGAAGCUGCACGAGCUGAGCCGUGCCGACAGGGGGCAGCAGCGAGCCUGA